AUGAGCUCAAAUCUCAACUGUCUUCUCUCGUCUCUGCAGAGAGGUGGAGCGUGCACCAAUACUUUGAUAGCGAUUUUGACUAUUUGCGGGCAACAAUUGUUCUCCUCUUACACAUUCAGUUGUCCGUGUCAAGUUGGGAAAAACUUCUAUUACGGUUCAGCUUUUCUCUUGGUUCCUGCCUUGAUCCUCCUGAUCGCUGGCUAUGCUCUAAGAGGCCAGAUGUGGACAGUUGCCAGCGAAUACUGCUGCUGCAGCUGUACCCCUCCAUACCGGAGAAGCAGCCCUCUGGAGAGGAGGCUGGCCUGCCUCAUGUUCUUCAACAUCACCGGGAGGGCACUGGUGGCUCCGCUGACGUGGCUGACGGUGACCCUGCUGACAGGCACCUACUAUGAAUGUGCGGCGAGUGAAUUUGCCUCGGUGGACCAGUACCCGAUGUUUGCCAAUGUCACUGCCAGCAAACGGGAAGAGAUCCUAGCUGGAUUUCCAUGCUACACGUCAGCUCCUUCUGAUGUCAUUCCAGUAAGAGAUGAGGUAGCUCUUCUGCACAGGUACCAGUCACAAAUGCUGGGCUGGAUUUUGCUCAUCGUGGCAACCAUUGCUCUUCUGGCCUCCAGCUGUCUGGCAAGAUGUUGCUCUCCCCUCACCUCUAUGCAGCAUCACUAUUGGACCAACCACCUCCAGAAUGAGAGAGCGCUCUUUGAACAAGCUGCAGAGGAGCACUCACGGCUUCUCAUCAGACAUCGCAUCAAGAAAGUGUUUGGGUUCAUUCCUGGGAGUGAAGACAUCAAACAUAUCCGUAUUCCUUCGUGCCAGGACUGGAGAGAGAUUUCCAUACCCAAUAUUCUGUGUGUGGGUGACACCUCCCAGGGUCCCUAUAGCUUCCUCGGAGACAGGGUGGUUGAGGAACAUGAGGAAGACAGACAAGAAGGUAUUGAAAUGAAGCCUUGAGAGCUGCACCUUUCAAAGUUCAGGGUGCUUGAUUUCCUGAAGCUAGAGUUUCAGGGCAACCUCUUCCUUUGCUAUCUCUCUAACACUUACUUACAGAAGUCCAUCCAAAAUCUUGUUUCCAAAAUCCAUUUAUAGAGAGACAACCUCCCCAUACUUAUGAAGUCUCAUCAUGUGUUCAUAACGACUAGUGUGUCACGUUGGUUCAUUUUAAAUGGGUACGAAAUUUUAAGUCAUGUCAAAUUGGAAUUCAGUUAUGUUACUGGGUAGCUGUGUGAAAAAUCAAUAUUUCUGAGUAUUAUUUUGUCAUAUGUCCAUAUUAGCUACCUCGGAGGGCUGUUGAGAAGGUCAGGAAACACUUAAACUAUGCUUUUCAUACGAUGAAUGCAAGCCAAAGUCACUUCCCUCCUUCCUCUCUGAAUUAUGUCUUCUAUCACUGUCUUCCC